CCAACAUCCGUGCUGGCUGGGACCAUUGGCUGGACUUCUAAAUUCCCCAGGGUCUUAUUCCCAGCUGCUGAAACUCCUGUAGAGAAGCCGCGUUGAACGAUGCGCAAUCACAAGCUGCCAGCUCUCCUCCUAGCGCUAUCCCUGGUGCUGCGCUGCGUCACCGCUGCCCCCAACAACAGGUACACUGCAUCGUCCAGCGAACAAGCAGACGUGCGGCCGGAGAGGGAGGGCUGGCCGGUGCCCGGAAUCUCCAAGAAUUCCUUCCCGAAUUUGGCUGGAAUGCUAUCGCAUAUCGAAGGGCUUCCAACGGCGGUUAAAAGUCACCACCUACAGAAGCGGAAGUGUAACACAGCGACGUGCGUCACCCAGCGCCUGGCGGACUUCCUGAUCCGAUCCAGCAACACCAUGGGCCCCGUGUACGCCCCAACCAACGUGGGAUCCAACACCUACGGCAAGAGAGACCGUCUGCAGCCAGCCGGCUACAUGCCUCUGUAGCCCUGGGACUGGGUGCAGCCUCCCGCUCCUCUGGAAUGACCUCACCAACCGAGAAAGAAUUACAGAUAGUCUUUAAUUUUUUUAAAUGUGAUAAUG